CUUUCUGACUGGACAGGUGCUUAAUUACUAAACAAGCUGAGUUUGAAAGCAUAAGCGACUAUGAGCGAGGAGCGGGAAAAGUGCAGCAGCCCGACCGGGUCCUGCAGCUCCGAGUGUCCGGAUGAGUGCGACUCUGACCCGUCCUGCUCUCCAGCAGGACCCGCCGCGCUCCGGAUGGGUCAACAAGCGGAGGAUGAGGACGGCAGAUUUCCGGUGUGUAUCCGGGACGCGGUAUCGCAGGUGCUGAAGGGCUACGACUGGUCUCUGGUGCCCAUGCCGGUGCGGGUGAGCGGAUCCGGGAAGAGCAAACCGCACGUCAAGAGACCCAUGAACGCGUUUAUGGUUUGGGCUCAAGCCGCGCGGAGGAAACUGGCGGAUCAGUACCCGCACCUGCACAACGCGGAGCUCAGCAAAACACUCGGCAAACUCUGGAGACUGCUGACGGAGAGCGAGAAGAGGCCGUUCGUGGAGGAGGCAGAGCGACUGAGGGUUCAGCACAAGAAGGAUCAUCCGGAUUAUAAAUACCAGCCCAGGAGACGGAAGAGUGUGAAGCCGGGCCACGCCGAGUCUGAAGCCGGCUCCGAGCUGAUGCAGCACAUGUAUAAAGCGGAGCCGGGAAUGGGUCGACUGACUGGGUCACCGGACCACAUCACUGACCACACAGGUCAUACUCACGGUCCACCGACUCCUCCAACCACCCCCAAAACAGAGCAUCCUCAGGCCCCCAAACAGAACAUUGACUUCAGCAACGUGGACAUCUCCGAGCUCAGCACGGACGUCAUCGGCAACUUGACCUUUGACCUGCAGGAGUUUGACCAGUACCUGCCUCUGACCCCAGAUCAGGGCGCCUGCAGCCGGAGGGCGCCCCCUGCUGGAGCACACCUGCACCCACAGCGAGUGCACAUAAAGACGGAGCAGCGGAGCCCGCAGCACUACAGUGAGCACAGCAGCACGCUUUACAGCAGCAGCAGCGCACAGUGUGAAUACACAGAGCACAGCUUCUACAGCCCGUACUCCAGCUACCCGUACCCAUACCCAUACCUGCACAGGCCCAUACUCAACAUCCCCGCACCGCACAGCUCCUCUGCACACUGGGACCCCCCCGUCUACACCACUCUGUCCAGACCCUAGACCACUGGGGCUCAGGGACAGCAUUUGCUGAAGGGCUUUGUGCCAAAACAACCACAUCAUAAAGAGGGAUGCAAUGAAGAGUCGGCCGUCAGAAACACUACUGGGCGAAAACGCAUUUUAGGGACACAGAAUUGAGCUGUUCAGCUGUAAUGAUCACUGUAAUGAGGGACUGCAUUUGCCCAGCAGCAGCAUUUUGAGAGGGUUCGCCAAGUUCAGCAGGCAAACAUGGUUUUGGACUAAAGAGAAACAUGUUUGUAGGAGCUGAUGAUAGGGUUGUGCUGUACUGCACUGCUCAGCACGCUGGUUUCACUCAGCUGUAGACACGGGCUGUGUUCAAAAUCACAUACUUCACUACUACAUAGUAUGUGAGCUGAGGAGUAUGUCAGAAUUAAUAGCAUUGGAUCAGUAGGCGAGUCUUAAAAAUAACACAUUUACAACACAAAGUUCUAUACAUGCACAGCACAGUUCACAUCUACAACACCAAGUGUGUACACUCGAAAAUACACAAGUGCAGUUCCUUUAAAACAUUUCAUGAAUAUGCAAAUCCAGUUUGUAAAUUAAAAAUAAUUCACAAAUCUGCAAAUCCAGUUAUUAAAUUUAAAACUAUUCCUAAAGAUGCAAAUCCAGUUCAUAAAAAAUAAUUCAUAAAUAUGCAAAGCCAGUUCAUAAAUAUAAAAAAAAUCUUAAAUAUUCAAAUCCAGUUCAUAAAUAAAAAA